AUGAUGAGAGGGGGAGUCAGUACGAUAAAAGUGCUCGAGCACCUCAAGCUCUUGGCCCUCUUCCAUGAGUUCGAGUCUCAUAUUAAACGUUACCAUGUGAAUCUCGAUUCCGUCCUCUCCUCUCGCGAUCUCUUCCCAGACCUCCUCUCCAACUUCUCCAUACUCCCUGAUCCACCUCCAUGUUCGGAAUCGCGGAGCAGGUUCUCCUGCUUGAUUGUCACCGUCGCUGGUGUCUUCGUUAGUCUCCUCUACCUGCUCUACGUCUUCGCUGUUCCUCAGCUGCUUCGAUUCCGCUUUCGACUCGAUCUAAGCCCGUAUGAUCUGGGAUUGUACGGCUUCGGUCCUUCAAGGAGUUACGUAUCUUUCGAGUACGAGUCGCCUAUGGUAGAGAUCACAGAAUGGGGUUCCGGAUGCGAUCCGCGAUAUACAUUUCUUGCUCCUCGCGGUGACUCGGUUGUCCACCCUGGGCCGGUCAUUCUGGAUGCUGAUGGGGAAUUGGUGUGGAUGAAGUAUAACUGGGAUACAACGCAGGACUUCAAAGUACAGCGAUACAAUGGCGCAGAUUACUUGACAUACUGGGAAGGUACUGAAGUGGAAAGUCGUGGCUACGGGUCAUGGUACAUGCUCGAUUCGACCUACACCCAAAAAUACCAGAUAUCCCCCGUCGGCAAUUUCGGGGGCGGCGAUUUGCACGAAUUUCACAUCACCGAGCAGGGGACUGCUCUUGUCACUGUCUACGACCCUGUUCCCGCGGAUUUGACUUCCAUAGGAGGACCGGAGCUCGGUUGGAUACUUGAUGGUAUUUUCCAAGAGAUCGACAUCGAAACAGGCGAAUUGCUUUUCGAAUGGCGCGCGUCCAAACACUACCCCGUCAACAGCACCUACGAAGCACUGAAGGCAGCGGGGAAGGAUAAGAGUAACGCGUUCGAUUUCUAUCACAUAAACAGUGUCGACAAAGAUGACCAUGGAAACUAUAUUGUCUCUGCGAGACAUCUCCAUACCGUUAGCUACAUCGACCACGUCACUGGGGCCGUGUUGUGGACCCUCGGCGGGAAGUUGAACGAAUUUACAGACCUGUCUGACGGACAAGCGACGAAUUUUGCCUGGCAGCAUGAUGCGCGGUGGCACGUCAACAACACAGUUACACUAUUUGACAACGCGGCCCAUUCGAACAACGAUCCUGACAGUGAAAGUCGCGGCGUAGUCAUUCAACUCGAUAUCUCCGGCCGCACGGCCGAACUGCUCGCAGAGUACUACCAUCCUCAACAGAUGAGGGCUGUAUCGCAAGGCAACGUCCAGAUUUUGGAUGAAAGUGGUCGGACCCUGGUUGGCUGGGGCCACAGCGCAGCGUUCACAGAGUACACCGCCGAUGGGGGCCUGCUCUGCGAUGUCCACUUCGGGGCUUCGGCGUUCUUCACUUUCGGUCGGGUCGUGUCCUAUCGUGCGUUUAAGGGCACCUGGGUGGGCAGACCACAGACAAUCCCUGACGCGGCAGUCAUGGGCGACCAUGUGUACGUGAGCUGGAACGGCGCAACGGAGGUGGUAGCCUGGCGACUGGAAGUCUGGGACACCCACAAUGUUGAAGACAGCACGUUCGACAUCGUCGCUCAGUUCGAGAAGACCGGGUUCGAGACGGAGGUUGAAGUUCCCGAGGAACUGGGCAGUCCGCUUUUCCGCCUGGCGGCUAUGGAUGCCGAGGGCAAUGUGUUGGGGUACACUGAAGUCCUACAGAAGGAUCAGGGUGUCGAUGUGGAUGAACUUCUUGACCUGCACAACUGGAUCGUGGCUGCUGCUUUUAUUGUCAGUGUCGGGGGUCUGUUACUCGGUCUGUACCAGUGCUGUGGCUGUUGUCGGGUCCUUCACCGAUGCCGUCGUCGUCCGAAUGAGUAUCAGCUGGUGGCUUUUGGUGAUAACGAUGAACAAUCUUCUGUCUGA